UCCAAGGCGCUGUGUGGGGAGCAGAGAGAUGCCGCCGUGGUGUGUGGCGGUGUGUGUUUGUGUGUCUGCUGAGGGGCGCCCGGGCGGGAAGGAAGGAGGGAGAGUGGGAGGGCAGCGGCGGUUGGAGCAGGCAGGAAGGCGGGAGGAAUAGCGCAUGUCUUCAUUGCCGAGCGCAGCCACUCGCCUCCUCGCUCCCCAGCACCACCACCAAACUCUCCACCAUCUUUUGCAUGUGAAACAUUUGCAGCCGGACAGAAACCUCUGCCAGGGCUAUGGAGACUGCGGGAAAAAUCCGCCUCAGCACGAUGGCUUGCUGAGGGGAAGAAGGAAGGCGGGAGGGGGAAAGAAAGACACGGCAGAUACCCGAGGAACGCCAGAAGAGAGGGGGAGAAAGAGAAGGGAGGGGGAGGCAAACAACCCACCCUCUUCUCUUUUCUUCCCUGCCCCAUUUUAAUUUUUUUUCCUCCCCCCCCUUUCCUCAAUUUGGUGUCCAGUCCCCCCUUCCUUCCUUCCUCCCCUCCCUCCCUCCCCACCACCACCACCACGUCCUCAAUGCCUCUCUGAACAACAUCUAGGGAGAGAGCGUGAGGAGGCGACCCGGGGAGGCAAAAGAGAAAGAAGAAGAUGAGGAUUAUUUGCAGACAGCUUGUCUUGUUGUUUUCUGGCUUUUGGGGACUCGCAAUGGGCGCUUUUCCUAGCAGCGUGCAAAUAGGUGGCCUCUUCAUCAGAAACACAGAUCAGGAAUAUACUGCUUUUCGAUUAGCAAUUUUUCUUCACAACACCAGCCCCAACGCAUCUGAAGCACCUUUUAAUUUGGUUCCUCAUGUAGACAACAUUGAGACAGCAAACAGCUUUGCUGUAACAAAUGCCUUCUGCUCCCAGUACUCAAGAGGAGUUUUUGCCAUUUUUGGACUGUAUGAUAAAAGAUCAGUACAUACUUUGACCUCAUUCUGCAGCGCCUUGCACAUCUCCCUCAUCACACCAAGUUUUCCCACCGAGGGCGAGAGCCAGUUUGUUCUGCAACUGAGGCCUUCCUUACAAGGAGCACUGCUAAGCUUGCUAGGCCAUUACAAAUGGAACCGCUUCGUCUUCCUUUAUGACACAGAUAGGGGUUACUCAAUACUUCAAGCUAUUAUGGAAACAGCAGGGGAAAAAAGCUGGCAAGUCAGCGCCAUAUGUGUGGAGAAUUUUAAUGAUGCAAGCUACAGGCAGCUUUUAGAAGACUUGGACCGGAGACAGGAAAAGAAAUUCGUAAUAGAUUGUGAAAUAGAGAGGCUUCAGAAUCUCUUAGAACAGAUUGUGAGUGUUGGAAAGCAUGUUAAAGGCUACCAUUACAUCCUUGCAAACCUGGGAUUCAAGGAUAUUUCUUUGGAGAGAUUUAUGCAUGGAGGAGCCAAUGUCACAGGGUUCCAGCUAGUGGAUUUCAACACACCUAUGGUUGCCAAACUCAUGCAACGGUGGAAGAAACUUGACCAGAGAGAAUACCCAGGAUCAGAGACUCCUCCUAAGUAUACCUCUGCUCUGACCUAUGAUGGGGUGCUUGUGAUGGCUGAGACUUUCCGAAACCUUCGAAGGCAGAAAAUUGAUAUUUCUCGGAGAGGGAAUGCGGGGGAUUGUCUUGCAAAUCCGGCUGCCCCAUGGAGCCAAGGGAUUGAUAUGGAGAGAACGUUGAAACAGGUUCGGAUACAAGGGCUGACAGGCAAUGUUCAAUUUGACCAUUAUGGUCGCAGAGUCAACUAUUCGAUGGAUGUAUUUGAAUUGAGAAACACAGGUCCUCGGAAGAUUGGUUACUGGAAUGACAUGGAUAAAUUGGUUUUGAUCCAACAUGAGCCUACAAUGGGGAAUGAUACUUCAGCUCUUGAGAACAGAACAGUAAUUGUAACCACAAUCAUGCCUCUGAUGAAGAAUCCUAUUUUAAGAAAUUGAUCAAGGAAGCAAGAGUCCCACGCUGCUGCGAACAUUCCUAACUAAGGCUCAAGUGUUAAGUUCCAGUAUAGUAGCACUGAGCUAUAUUUUUCCAUACGGAUUUCUGUUCCUCUGACUGGAUGACCAGGCACUGAACCAUCAAGACAAAAAGCUCUGUGACUAUUCUGAAAUGCCUAAAACAGAUGGCAUUAAAUCUUCAACUGGGCCAAGCUAUGAAGAAAAUGUUGGGGAUUUCCAGGCUCUCUCAGUCGAAAUUUUCCUCUCACGCCAGUCUUUAAAUUGAGGCUUUCAUACAUGUACAGUGUAAAUUAUUGUGAAGUGCUUCCAAGUUCAGGAGAAACUAAGUGAUGCUUUCAGGAAAGAAGAAGGAAUUCAAGGGAAAGGAACUGUUUUAAGUGUCUUGUCUUGUUUGCAGUGAAGCGUUUUGAUGUGCAUAAUAAAUGUUAUCUCUGCAAAAGAACUCUGCCAGUCCUAGGGCUGGUGUUUUUGAUUUUCCAAACCAAGGAUCUGAAUGAACUUUAUGUAGCAUGCCAAGGUUUUCCACAGCAUGCCAUCAGAGUUAAACAAAACUACACAAGAAAAGAAAAAAGUCUUACCAAAUUUUGCAUCCUGUUCCUUUGCCAUCCCCAUUUCUAGGGUCAGUGGUUGUCAACCACCAAUUGUUGUAAACCAGCCAGAGACAGAAGUUUGGGGCGAUCUGCAAAUAUGAUUGAUAGAUGGAUAGACAGAUAGAUAGAUAGAUGGAUAGAUAGAUAGAUAGAUAGAUAGAUAGAUAGAUAGAUAGAUAGAUAGAUAGAUAGAUGAUACUGAAAACUUCAGAGAACAAGUGAGUUACAGUACUUGAAGUUUACCUCUGCAGUGAUUCACACCUUGCGAUGAGCCACUCAUGUGAAGUGGUGCCUUGUCUGGUAUCUAAUUGCUUUGGAUUUCCCCAUGACCAAAUUGGGCAAUGUUCUUCUCCAAAUGCAAUGCAGACCAGAACUAGGAAUUCUGUUCAUUCAUUUCUGGAACGGAUCUAUGAUCCGCUGCUUUCCAGUGAAUUCUGGGCAGAAGUAGCAUGAGAGGUGGGUAUAGCACAGUCUGGCUGGGCCAACUCUAUCAUGAGGCCACAUGAGACAUGGGGCAGGAAAUGUGGGCACCCACUCCCCAUCAUGGGUGUCACCCAUCUGCCUCUUGUCACCACCCUGCCUCAUCUGUGCUGCUACCACUGCCUCUCAUGCCACACUCUUGCUGACCUCACCUGCCUUCUAGCCUACCCCACCCCCACCCCAUCUACCAGUCUAUUCCUCUUUGCCCUUGCAGCCGGCCUCAGUUUCCGGAGCACACCACCACUGCUUGCACACUAGUGUGAAACAGCAUAGAGUGUACCUUCAGCAUUGCUAGCUGGCCUCUCUUCAUUGCUGCUGUUCUGUUAAGCCAGCAUCAUCUCUCUCUCUCUCUCCCUCCCUCCCUUGCUCAGGGAGAGAUGGUGCUAGAGAGGAAGAAAGAGAAUCAGAUGGUGUUGGCUUAGCAGUGCAACAGCAACAAAGAGAGGCCUGCUGAGGCAUGCUCCAUGCUGCCCUCUGCUGAUGUGCAGCAGUGGUGGCAUAUCCCAAAAGGUGAACCAGCUGUGAGGGCAAAGAGGGGUGGAGUCUGGGUCAUGAGGCGGGGGUGGGCCUGCAAGGGGGACAAGGGAUUGGGCUGGUGUCAGCACCAGGUCCUGCCCAGCUAGCAUCCUGGCUGCUCUGAUGGUUGGUCAACUAGAACUGUUGAGUAUGCCAGUUCUGGCCCAUUUCUAAGGAGACAGUAGGGGGCUUUACCUUUAGGGAAGGGCCAUAGCUCAAUGAUAAAGUGCAUGCUUUGCAUGUAGAAUGUCCAUGUUCAGUACCUGACAUCUCCAAGCAGAGCUGGGCAAGACCCUUGUCAGAAAUCCUGAAGAGCAGCUGCCAAUCAAUGAGACAAUACAGAGCUAAAUGGACCAGUGAGUGGUCUGACUCAAUGGAAGGCAUCCUCAUAUGUACAAUGAAGGGUGGACAGUCAGCAGGGCAGGGACCCAUUUUCAGCAUCAAGGCUUCAGCAGGCUUUGAGUCUUUGAGGUUUGUGCAGCGGUGAUAUUAUGACCUCAGAUUAUUUCAGGGGCUCUGUAAAGCCAUAUUUAGCAGAAUAGAAAUCUCAAAAUAAGAAAUCCAAUGGAGACCUUGAGCAGCACCAGUUUGAAAUUAAUUCUGGCUGAGACAAAGACUACAGACAGUCUCAAAUCUGGUCCAGGUUCAGUUUUACUCACAUGAAGAUGGGCAGACAGACCUGAGUUAAUUCAGCAACAGAAAUGACCCUGCAAACUGCCCCCCACUCUAAUUUGUAAAAGCAAACUGCCCCGCACCCCAAUUUGGAAAAGAUGGGUAGUACUGUGUCAUCUUGGAGGACAGCUACUUUUUUUGGCAUGAAUUUUUGUCAGCUGUAGCCAAUAUUAAAAGUUCUGUUCCAUGUGUCUAAUGAUAAUAAAAGGCUGUGCCUACCAAAAAAACCCCAUGUCACGACUAACCAAUUAUUGCCUAAGGUGCCAGUGCAGUUUCUCUUGUCUUAGUAUAAUUCAUCUCCACAUAAUUGGCAAUUGUGAAUAACUAGUUCUUCAUCUGCAACUAUUAUCCAACAACAAAAGCCAACGUGGGAGAUAAGAAGUCUAUAAAAGAUCGUUGGUUGAUUUAAUAUCACUAGUAAACUGAGAGACAAUACUGGCAGCUUCGCACCCAUUGCAUAGCAGUUCAGAAGAUCAGGCCACUAUGAUUAGAGCUUUACAUCACCCACUUCUUAGUGUGGAUUCCUGUCAUCACUUUUCUGUGGAUCCUUGCUCAGUCUCACAGCGGUGAGAGAACCAUGAAGCACUACAAUUUAGAACGUUUCCAACUUUUGGGGGCUCCCUAACCACAGUGUGUGGGUUUGACAUUGCCAACGUAUAUCUCUUCCCAUAGCGCCUUGGUAACCUGUCGCUUGAAGACCACAUGACAUGAUGCCAUCACAUUAAUAUUUCUAAAUUGACUGCAGGAAGCAGAGAAAUAGCUGGCAUACGGUACAACAUUCCAUCAGCCUUGGAAUGUUGCAUUUGCAUGUGUGCAGUUUGCGUAAGCACAAAAAUUGUGCAACCAGAGUUGUGCAAGAGUAAUCCCCUUUGGAAAUAAUGGGAUUACACUUGCACAACUCCAGUUAAGCAAUUUGUAUAACUUGCACAGGCUGUGCAAACACAGUGUUCCAAGGCUGACAGAAUUCUGCACAGUAUGACAGCCAAUAUGAUUAUGUCAUGUUGUGCUUUUCCCAUAUAGCAAACCAGAAACCUUGAUUUUGAGGUUUUCUAACCAUGUACUGAUAGGAAAACCCUGAUUUAUGAAAUGCAAUCAUCAUUGUACCAGAAAUUCUGGAGCACAUGAUUAUAAUGUGGCCUAGAGAUAUCUCUAGGCCAUGCUAAGUCUUGCCUUGCAUGCUAUUUCCAUUCAGAAAUCAUUCAGUCCCAGUUGGAACCCAGGUUUCUGUCCUAGAUUGCAGCUGUGGCAGAAUCUGCUCCUAGCUUUAUGAACAACUUCAUACCAAAGCAUCGGUUUGGAGAAGAGUUUGCUUUCUCUUCGUUGCGUAAUGAUUGAUAGGUGUGGCUACAUUCCGGACCUAAUUAAUGAUGCAGAUUUCCCUGUGACUUCAAUAGAAGUACACAAGUGUAUUAACCUGAUGACAAAUUGUGGCCACCGCUCAUUAACAAUACCAACAUUGUCAGGCACUUCAAGCACUUAAAAGUACCAAUCCCUAUGUUUAGCUGCAGUGUAUCUGCAGAACCUUAUUAAUGUACUUUUUGCUAUCACUUGCAUGAAAAAUGCCACUUUGAGUGACAUAUGCCCCAUUCAUCGACCUCUUCAUAUUGAAGGAAGUUAAUUUAAUGCCUCUGAAAAAUACAAUUUGGACUGCUUGGGUCUGUUUCUACAUUUAAUUGAAUAUUUCCUGGGAUCAGUAUAGUGCUUGGCUUCUCACUCUGUGGAAGACAGAUAUCUAGCCUUUACUGACUAUCCCUGCAUGGCAUGCUUUAAUAAAGCACUUGGCAAUUUGCUUACUGUCCUCUCGUCUUGUAUGUAUCUGUGCUUCAUUUGAUGUACUACCCUUUUAAUCAUAGACACAGGACAUGUUUUAUGAUAAAUGAAUUCACACUACCCAAAGGGAGCAUGUUUCACAUUUUCUACUUUUACAAAACCGUAUGUUCUCUGGUUGUACAGUAAAUGUGAUUAGAUAUAGGUUUUCUCAUAAUGUGCAAUUAUGUAUUUACUAUUAGUUUCUUAAAAAGCUGAGAUAAAGACUGAGAGCUUGUGGAUAACACUUAACAUUUGGGUAGUGUGAAAAUUCUUAUUUUAAUUAUGCAGGGAGCUAGAUCACCUGCAGUAUUUUUAAAGUAUAUAAAAUGGGGAAGUAUGAAUUAGUCCUUGAAAGCCAAAGAACCUUAUUGUACUGAGAACCCUGCAGAGUUAUAGUAAGGAUAUAGUAAAGAUACAGCUAUAGAUAUGACUAUAAGUAAGUUGUAUAGCCAGGAUAUAACUGAAGAGUCCAAGUCCCAAAGGCACCCACUGAGCUAAAUAACAACUUUAUUUGUUUGCCGCCCCAUAACAAUUGUUCCUGGGUGGUUCUCUGAUCUUCUCCCAGAAAUGCAUACUAAUAGAUCACAUUGCCACAGAAUAUUAUCCUUUCUGGAGCAACAUGUUACAAGGGACACUGGUCAGCUGCCUAAAAUGCCAUGUCCAUUGUGCAUUCUUUCUCUCUUCUGGUAAUGUGUAGAAACACUUACCACUGUUGCAAUGUCAAGUGUUUUUUCCCAUCCCCUGAUCUUCAUUUUUCAGUGAGUGGUGGGAAGAACUCAUCACAAAAGACCCCAACUGGGGAGAGAAAUGAAGGAAACUAAGUUGGAUCUCCUUGAGUGAGGGCCUUGGAAAAAUCCUAGAGCCAGCCAGAGAACUUAUAAAAACCUUGGGCAGCAAGCACCAUCUUAGAAAAUGCAUUCUCCUCUCACAAAAAGGAGGAGAUCACUUUCUAAGAUGGUGCCUGUCAACUGCUGGUAUUGCAUGUUGAUACAUGCAUGUGUUGCAGCAGACAUAGGAGAUAUGCACACGAUCGUGUGAGCGCAGCCAGGUGGGCAGGGGAGAAGGCAGGAUUCAACCUACUUUCCCCCAGAAGACCGCUCACAGUCCCGAAGGUGCACAAGGGACAUGCCCAUACAACCAGCACUGAUGGAAGCAAAAUGGAUGAAUCUCCAUUCUGCUCCCGGCAGUGUAUGUAAACAGAGGCCAGGACUCGUUGUCCCGGCCUCCGGGAAUCCCACAAUGAAACAUGUGACAUAUGCAAUGCAUUGAGGGAUUCUGCCAAGAGACGGGCAUUCCAGGCACCCAGCUCACACAUAAGCAAGUAGCCUGAGUUAAGAGAGCACUCCCUCUCUUAACCUUGGCCAGCAGCCAGACUAAAAAGCCAGGGUAGGCGUCGCUGGCCUGCUGGGAUGGGGUCCAAUCCCAGCAGUUCUCAUGCACAGCCUAACCCAGGCUGGGCAUCCCUAACCUGGGUUAGGCUGCACAUGAGAACAGCCUCAUAGUCUUAGAAGACAUAUUCCCUGUUGUGUGAGAAAGGGGACUGUUUCUACCAAGAUGGUACCUACAACCCAUUUAUACUGGGAGUUUUUUAAAAUAAACUCUGUGUGCUUUAAAAAGUAGGUGCACCUUUUAAAUCAACUAAAACAUAUUCAUUGAUUAAUCUGACUGAUUCACAAUAUGUUGGAGCCCUAUGCUGAUAUGCCGCAUCCAUCCCCUACCCAGGACCCACAUGUCUGAAUGCUUCCAACAUACUAUUACUACUGUUGUCUACUGACAGCAUUGGGGUGUGUGCAGGAGGAGGGCCCCAAACUAUGUCUUGCCCAAGAACCUGGGUUAUCUUUCUGCAGCACUUCUUCCACAGUGUUGUGCGAUUGUGUGUGAUUGUGACUCCAAUUAGAUAGAACUAGAUGGAGGGUGACUGUGCCAUCUUCAUUUUUUAGCAAAAAAAAUACUUGCUGUAUUGGACAGAAAUUCUGUGUGGAUUGAUUGUGUCCAUUCUGUUAUUGUUCACAGAAUCAUCUAUGUCAGUAUUAUUUGUGGAGUUGAUUUGAUAAUAUCCCCAAAGAACAUCCUUGCUUUGGGGUUACAUACUCAUGUAUAUGCUCAUGUAUAUGACCCAUAUACAUGACAUGGAAGCAGAGGCUCCGCAACCUCUAGAUUGGGAGGUAGCACUAGAAGCAUUCAUGCUGCCAGUACAACCACCAAUCUCUACAGCAGAGCCAUUGCUUCUCUGUCUGAAGCAGAAAUGCCACAAGCUUUACUGUGACUGGUAGGGUUCUGUAUCAUGUCAGCCACUGAGACGGUUUUCACGUGCAGCCUAACCCAGCCUAGAGAUGCCCAGAGUGGGUUAGGCUGCGCGUGAGAACCGCCAAGAUGGGGCCCGAUCCCAGUGGGCCAGCACUGCCUAACCAGACUUCUUAGCUGGGCUUCUAGCGGAGAUUCAGGGAGCGAGUGCUCCCUAACCCUGGGCUAUUUGCUCGUUUGUGAGCCGGGCUGUUUCUAGCCUGGCCACACACAGAGACAAGCACCUAGAAACCCCCAAUACAUUGUGCAUGUCUAGUAGUAUUUAUUUACCGUCAUAGAGCAAACAUCAAGAAAUACAAGAUACAAGUACAAAAUACAAAAUAGUAAGCUUAUACAUACAAUAGUUCUCCUUUAUGCAAUCUAGAAGCAAUAUAACAAAACCUUGCUACAGAAUUGGAAACAUAAGACUCCCUAUCUGAAAGUAAAAAUUUAACUAAAUAGUCAUCUGAUUGGUCUAAUAAUCUAGACACUAUGGGGAAGAUUAAACAUUGCCUACUCGCCUGAUAUUACAGUGUAAUAUGCUGUGUGCAUUAGUUUCUGUUUCACCUGAACCACAACCACACCGACGUCCCUCCAAAGGUGCAUCGUGGGAUUCCUGGAGGCCAGGACAAUGAGUCCCAGCCUCUGUUUACCCACACUGCUGGAAGCAACACGGAUAUUCAUCCACCUUGCUUUCGGCAGCGCUGCUUGUCUGGGAGCGUGAUCCGCGCUCCCAGAAGCAAGCCAUCGCUUGUCUGGUGUGAAGGUAAGCUUCACUAGCCUUUCCCCCAUUUUUAAACACACCACCUUGUCUGUCUGUGUUGCAGAGUUUGGCACAAGUCUAUGCUGAUCAUAGGUCAUAGCAGAGACUUUUGUUAGAACCUCAAAAUGAGUGUGAACCCUUCUGGAACUGGGCAUUGCAAAGUGAGCGGGGCAAAGACAAAAGAGAGCAGUCCAUUGAGCUAUGGCAAAAGCUAGAUCUACCAGGCUCAAUCAAAAAGACAAAAAGGGCCUAUGGCAGGCAUCCAGAAAAUGAGCUAAUGGUGGAAUUGGUUAUAACCAGUUACAGUGCAAUAAUGAGGUUAUAGCAACUCCAGGGCCUGACAGUUCUAGUGCUGGUUUCAGACCUGUAGCACCUAACAGACAAGCAAAGGAGCUUUCUCUGAUUUUGCCCCAUUUGUCAGACAGAUAAGCAAAUCAAACUUCAGGUGCAGUGGUGCAAUUCACCUUACAUUGCCCAUUGAAUACCUUAGAAUGUGUCACUGUAAUAAAUACAGCAAGGAUCAAGCUAUUUUUAUUGAAAAAGCUGCACCAGUGUUAUAAAUAGCCAUUUAGAGAGCUGCCUCCUGGCAAACAAUCAGAGGAGCUCUACAAAGGUUGGUGUUUUUCUCCUUUCAGGCCAAAAAUACUAUCAAAUGUAUGUACAGACAGUUGGACUAGUAACCACUUCUAUAGGAUAAUAAUUUAGAUAGCUUUAUUUGCAAGGCUAAACUUUAAACCACUGAAAAUGUUGUGGUUUUUUCAUACUCUCAGUUGUUCCCAACCAGGGGUAAAAUGAACCACUGGGGGUACAUUUAAGGCUUCUAAGAGGUAUUCGGCCCUCCCUCCUCCCCAACUCACUGACUAGUGAUUAGGACACAGCUCUGUUGCCUCCUGACCAGAGGACUUGGCUAUUACAGUUACUGGCUUACAUCCAGAUUAAGUUACUUAUGAGUAGUGCUGUUGAAAUUGGAAGUCCAUAUUAAGUCAGUGACUGUAAUAGGCUGUCUCAUAAUUGUAACAUUUAAAUGUGUAUGCAUGUGUAUACACACAUGCUAAAAAUCUCUAUGGGGUACAUGAGAGACAGCUCAUGCUUUGCAGUGCUAUAGGAAAUGCAACAUUAAUUUCUUCAUCAUCAAUUAAACAUUCAGGAUAGACGUGUCCAGUUGUUUUACAUUUGGCCAUUUUUAUCACCUUCCCUAGUUUCUAGUUAAGAACUGUGUACUAGCAGGAUUGCAAAGUUUUUCUCCACAUUGAUUGUUGUUUCAAACACCAAGCUGUAUUUUUAAAUGUUAACCAUUGUUAUAGAUAUCUGAUUUCUGUAAGUAAACGUUGUACCACUUUGACUAUCUGUGUUCAGUACUUUGUCGGUAAUCAUUUGAAAUGUGGAUUUCUCGGUGGAAUUAUAUUUGAUAAACUUCCUCCAGAGUGUUCUAAACUUAUUGUAGUUAGAAACUAUCUCUAACCAAAUGGUUGGUGGAUGUCUUCCCAACAAAUGUUGUGCUUUGUUAUGACCAUCAUGUAACAGGAAUCAUCAAAUUAAAUUGUCUGAUGAAGCCCAACACAUAAUGGACUAUUAAUCCAUUCUUCAAACCACUUAAGCUUUUCCAUCUAGUAGUGAUGUGGAGUCCUUCACUUGCUGGACAACUUCACAUAAUACAGUUGCACAUGAUUUCUGCCUCUUGAAAACGGAGUGGGGUGGGGAAACUAGAGGAAGCAUGGUUGUCUGAAUCUCGCUGAGAGGGGGGAAAUUCCAGACUGUUUCAAAAUCCAAAAUCAUUUCAGCUCUCACUGAAAAGCAAUAUAUCAAUAUUCAUAAUAAAUAUAAUAGUCAUAAUAAAUUGUAAGGGGCAUCAGGAUACCAUUGUUUUAUUCUUAUAUUAUAUGUACUGUAUGCCCCACGUCUCAGCCAAGAUUGGAUCUGCAAACAGCUUACAAUUAAAAUGCCAACUACAUUUACAA